AACCAACAGUGUCUCACCUUUCCUUCCCCUUUCCCUUCUGUGGUCAUAACCUGUUUAUCCGUUUGCCUCUCUGAUGCCACAUUAACCUCCUGUCAAUACCCCUUGACCCCCUGUCUCCUGAUUAAUGCCCCUUUGACAAUGUUACCAUGCAUUAACUGGCUGAAGCCUUUCCUUGCCUUGAUCUCUUCCACCUUGCUCACACGAGGCCAGAAUUGUCCAACCAGCUGUUUGUGCCCUGACCACCAUACUGUGAACUGCUCUGGCCAAGGUCUAACUGGAGUGCCAGAUUCCAUCCCUCUGGACGUUCGCCGUCUCCUGCUCUCCAACAACUGGAUUCCAUGGAUCCCUUCUGACUUCCUGGUCCUUUACACAGAUCUGGUGUAUUUGGACCUAAGGAAUAACUCCCUCUCCCAGCUGGAGCCGGGGACCUUGAGCACCUCCUCUAGAUUAGUCUUCUUGGAUUUGGGAAGGAAUAACCUGACUGAAAUCCCCUCAGGAACGUUUGGGGAAUCAAGGAGUCUGAUUAAACUGCGUCUAGGGGACAACCCCUAUCUAACUAUGGUGGGCAGAGACGUUUUUACAGGGCUGACUUCUUUGAGGGAAUUGGAGCUAGAGAGGAAUGGUCUCACAGGGCUGGAUGUCCGGGUCCUGGAACCUCUGCCCUCCCUUCAGAUGGUGCGUUUGGAGGGCAACCCCUGGCUUUGCAACUGCCACUUUGCCAAAUUGUUUGUUUGGCUGACAAAGAACCAGCAUAAGCUCCCAACGGGUAUGGAAGGGAUAGAGUGCUCCCUGCCUCAGGAUGGGCGGCGGCUUGCUCUGAGUUUACUUUCUGAAGACAGUUUCAGAGAAUGUCAUGGAACUCUCACCCUCACUGACUACCUCAUCGUCAUUUUCUCUGGCAUCUCUGUUUCUGUAGCAGCCAUCAUGACCAGCUUUUUCCUCGCUUCCACAGUCCACUGCUUCCAGCGCCUUAGCAAAGUCAGUAAAGGAGAUGAGGAGGAAGGAAAUGACUGAUGGUCAGAGGAAAAGGGGAAAUGGAUUACAUAAAAGCAAGUGUUUUAUACAAAACUCUUACUGAGAGCACAUUGGUAUCCAAUAAGAAAGCUCAACAAAACUGAGAACAAGGUGGAGGAGGUGAAAAUGCUGAGAUAAAUAAUUCUGGCAACAAAUCAACCUUUUACUGUGUAAAAACCUAUUUUAUUUUUGUUAGGAACAAAGGAGCUGUACUAUUGCACAGUGAUGACACCAUUCCUCUCAUUAAUACUGAGAUGUUAAGUUGGUCAUAGUUGGAGACGUGUGCACUGAAAAGCACUGGAACUGUAAGAAAUCAGGGAUCUUCCAGCACCGUAAAUAAAAUGCAAUCAUCCAAAAUUUCUGAUGACUAUAUUGCAAGGAGGAAGCAGUCACAGAUGAAGCUGACACCACCUUUGCUGUCAGUGCGGUUUUCAGGAAUAUGUGAAAUAAGUGCAGCCUCUUAAUGCAUAGCAAGGUGAAAGAGUCAGUCCAGUGGAAUUCCUGACUACAGCCUUGAGAUCCAAAUUUGUCAUGGCAACCCUGAUGAUAAAAGGUCUCACUCUCUAUGACGUUUG